AUGUCAAAUAAAGGGCGGUCAUUACAAUCAUUAAAAAAAGAUGAACAUGUCUAUGAAGAACAUUCGUGCAUUUAAUCAUGUCAAGUAUAUACUAACUUGACAACCAAUUAUAUAUACAAGUAGUUAAUAAUGAGGAGAAUAAAAGAGUAGAGAAAUUUGAAUAUGGAUUUAAAGAAAAAUGAAAAAGAUGAAAAUAGAUUUCCUUGCAUUCUGUUGCUGAGUGACUGUUUUGGUAGGGAAGGAGUAGAUGUUUCAGGAUGGAUAAGCAUGCUCAAGAUAUUUCUCCAUAUAACUGGAGUAUUUAACUGGGUUCAACAGUGGAUUUUCAGGAGGAGUAGUAAAAACCCAGAGUUAUUAGAAACACAGAGAAGACUAAAAAACCUUGAAGAACAGGUCAGGCAGUUAAUGCUGGAACAAAAAAAACUAGCUACAAAUUCUGGUAGAAAUAAUUGUUCAGUAUGUACCUGUCCAAUGCAUGGAAAUGUGGGAGUGGUCAGUAGUGGAGGGUGUGUCCCACAAGCACCACCUCCCCCACUGCCUCCCCCACCGCCACCACCACCCCUUCCACCAGUGAUGUCGUUAUCAAAGAGAGUAUUGGCUGAAAAGAACAACAAUACAGUAAAAUCAACAGAUAAGUCAAAGAAGAGUCCUUUGAAGUCCUUAGUGUUAACACCAGCCGACCUUCAGCAGAUAAAACUCACCACUCCUAAAGAAAGACAUCCUUCAGAAAAUGGAAAGAGAAAUGCCAAUGGUUGUAUGCAGCCACUGAUUACAGAAGAUGAUCUGAGGAAUAAAUGUCUAAACAAAGUUAUACUGACUACGCCAAACAAAGAAAAUGUCAAACACAGGUUAGCACAAGAAGUAUUGAGUUUUAGGUUAAAGAAAACUGAAAUGAAGAGAAGUCCAGGAGGAACCCCACUGGUAAACAGAAAGAGAAAGUUGAGAAGAGGGAGUGGUUUAGCGCCAGUCAUGGCAACAGCACUAAGAAAAAAAUUCAUAACAGUACACAGCAGUCCAAACACAUCUGACAGUUCUGUAAAUAGUCCUUUGUCAACAGAUACAAGUCCUUUUGUUUGAAUUAGCUAUUCUCCAUAUCUAGUCUUUAUAUUUUCUUAAUUUGACAGCUACAUGUACAUUGGAUUUAUCUUAUAUCUGAAUACCCCGGAACUUUAAAGAGUUAUCUACCUUUGAUACAAUUUAAUAGAGGUGCAUAUGGGAGAUGAUUUUUGAUUAGAAUAAAUCAUAUAAUAAAUAGUCUCCCUCUAAGACAAAAGGGAAGUAAUAAAUUUAACUUUGUUGAAUGGGGAAUUACUAUAUCUCAUUUAAAGGAGAAGAGGAAAUAAUUCCUAGAAUUUCUAAAGUUUGCAUAAAGAGAUAUAACCAAUUGGAAGAGUCCAGCAAAUAUGCAUACAUAUGACCAGUUUCAGUAGUCAGCCAUACGUUGCUAAGACUGGUGUUGAAGCUUGUGAUAAUUUAGGGUUUAUUGUAUUGCUUGAUAGCAAAGCUGUAGUGACACAUGAGAUCACUUUUGUUGUUGGCCGCUUCAAACUUAUCACGCCCACAACUCCUUGAAAAGACUUUACCCAAUUCAACCAAACUAGCAUAUUUUCUUCUUCAGGACAUGGAGAUGUGCACCUGCUAUUUUGAUUUUUAAUCUGAAUGAUUGUUGGGAUUUCCCAUAACAAAAACAUGUUCGUAACAGUUCCUUCUUAUUGUCCCCUGCCUGUUACCUUUUUUUUGUAUGUGAUAUACAAUGCAUAGAUAUUAAUUAUUAAUGAACAUAUUGAAUAAUUAAAUGUUCAACUGCUGAAGUAAUACUACUGUCUUUAAAUCUUUUAAUCUUGACAUAUAAUGGAUGUUUUCCAUUUCAUAGUCUUCAAUUUGAAUCAAGAAAUUGGUAUCAGUUAUUUAAUUUUCUUGAGUCAACCAAUAUUUGAUCCGUAAUGACUUGUGUAUCUAGAAUAAACAUGUUUUCAAGUGUGAGAGAGUUAGGGCAUCAGUAGCCUUUAUAUUAACUGGCUGUAAUCUUCAGUUUGUCUUUGAAUAUAAGGGGUUAUUUAUAUGAUAUUACCAAAUCAGUCUCUUUAAUUUAUAAAAUUGAGAACUGCUUAUAUUUCUAAAGUUUGGGUGUUAUUAAUGAGAAAUUGUACAAAAAAAGGACGAUAUUUUAAUAGUUAUUUGAAGAGUUGUAUUACAUGAUUAUUGUUACUCAUUAUAAUAUUAACUAGAUUAGAAAUUUAUCAAAAGAAAUGUAAUUGUACUUGAAAAAAGUAGAUGUGGAAAACAAUUAUAUUAUUUUUAAUUUUCUUUCCUGCAGAUUCCUUUAAUUUUAGGGGCUACCAAUUGUCAUAAAUAUAUUUUUGUAGAUACUAGAUUUCUUUGUUUUGAAAUUCUUCACUCAAUUCUAUUUACAAAUUUGUAUUUUUUGUUGUCACAUAUACUUAAAACUUUAAGCCAAUGUUCAUUAUGAAGAGAACUGUUUAAGAUACAUAUAACAAAUUAGAUUUCAUGGUUCACUGAUUUUAAAGUAUUGGUUUACGGUCAAGUUACAGUAAAUUGGUUGGGUCUGAUUCAACUAUAGUCUUUAUAAUACCACAUGAAUACUAAAUCCACAGUAUUAUGUAAUUUUUUUCCCCAGAUAAAAGCUUAUUAUUUAUACAUUUAUAAUUAUUUAUAUUAUAUAUGAUAUUUCAUGAAAACUAUUGAUGCUAUGAUUUGUAUAUUGCUUAUGUCUUUCAAAUAUAAAGUCUUUCAGAAUUCGU